AUGCACAAAAAAGUUUCUCUUUCACGCGAAAGCGAGUGGCUGCUGUUCGCCUGCAAAGAGGGCCAGAAGCUCUACUGUUUGCUGCAGGAAAUUGUGCUGGGCGCUGCCUGCUUGGACACUGAGCAGGCCAGCCAGACGCUCGCCUUUGGCCUCUCCAGAAUGCGCGCGCUGUACCCCAGAGCAAGCGCCGUGCUGGAGCCGGCGCCGCUGCUUCUUCUGCUUGCUGGCCUGCGAGAAAAAGAGUGCAGCGAGCUGGAAAUCCCGCUGUAUAAGUACAUCUGCGAGAUUGGAAAAAACGAGCGGCCCGAAGUAUACAAGUCUCUGUGCUUUAGGCGGAGAAAGCUCCCGCACGAGGGAUGGGUGUUUUAUGCCGUGAAGGACAUAGCGGGAGACCGGGGCAAGCAGGCAAAGCAAGCAGAUAAAGAACUGAGAGCCGCGCUAUGGGAAGACAUCAAGGCGUUUGGCCCACACUGGAACGCCUUGCACGGGUAUGCCUUUGCCCGCUCCUAG